UUCAGGAUAUGUCAUUUUAACGUGAGAAGCAAACAAAUCAUGUAAAUGGAAAUCAUUAGAGAUGAGAUAAGGUGAGAUCGGACAGAUGUGAUGAGGAUGAAAUGUAUGUGAGCUGAUCAAAAUUCGUGGAAAAAUCCCGCGUGCAUCCGUAAUGUAAAGUCAGUGUCGACUCAUUAUUUAAAAAAAAACAAACCCAAGACUCAUCCAGCCACGACGAGCAGCACUGCUGUGUAAAAACACAAACAGACAGACAAAAGAAAGUCGAGGCAAGGGUCCCCUCCUCCAUGUGCUCCCUCCUUGUAGGUGUGACAGAAACAACAAAGGGACGUGGAAAAAACUCGCAUCAGGACCACGGGAGGACAACAGCCCAGACAGAUCGCAGAGCACAAUAGCGGGGGCCUGCAAACAAGAGCAUGUGUGCAGGUUUUGCAAAAUGCAGCAGUCUUCAUAUAAUUACAUUCCUCCUGGCGUCUCUCGGCUGCAACAGUCUGGAGUGUUUUUCUUCUGUCAGUUCUGGCAGAUCUUCACCAAACACGCGCAUUUAAAACGAAGCCGAUAAUCUGUGGACGCUCAGGUCCAGGCUGAAACGGAGCGAGUGUUAAAACAUUUUAAUGGGAAGAAGCACGAGACGAGCGCUGCCCAGAAUAAACUGAAGGGAAAAGAGCAGCGGAGAGGUGUGAACUGAAAGUGGACGUCGAAUCGAAAGAGACCUAAACUGAUUCCAUAGGUGAAUGUCUUUCAAAGGGCCCUCUCCAUGGAUAUAGACACAGACUAUGAGCGGCCCAAUGUGGAAACCAUUAAAUGUGUGGUGGUAGGGGAUAAUGCAGUAGGCAAGACCAGGCUAAUCUGUGCCCGGGCCUGCAAUGCCACCCUCACACAGUAUCAGCUGCUUGCCACCCACGUGCCAACCGUCUGGGCCAUCGACCAGUACCGUGUAUGCCAGGAGGUGUUAGAGAGAUCUCGUGAUGUAGUGGAUGAGGUCAGUGUGUCCCUGAGGCUCUGGGACACAUUCGGGGAUCAUCACAAAGACAGACGAUUUGCCUAUGGCAGGUCUGACGUAGUGGUGCUUUGCUUCUCUCUGGCUAAUCCCAAUUCCCUGCGCCACGUACGCACUAUGUGGUUCCCAGAGAUCAAGCACUUUUGUCCCCGGACGCCGAUCAUUCUAGUUGGCUGCCAGCUGGAUCUGCGCUAUGCCGACUUGGAUGCAGUUAACCGUGCACGACGACCCCUAGCCAAACCCAUCAAGCCUACAGAUAUCCUUCCCCCAGAGAGAGGCCAUGAGGUUGCAAAGGAGCUUGGCAUUCCUUACUAUGAGACCAGCAUUGUUGCCCAGUUUGGAGUCAAAGAUGUUUUUGACAAUGCCAUCCGAGCCGCCCUCAUCUCCCGUCGUCACCUGCAGUUCUGGAAGUCCCACCUGAAAAAGGUCCAGAGGCCCCUUCUCCAGGCACCCUUCCUGCCUCCCCGCCCACCUCGCCCUAUAGUGGGCAUCCCAGACCCCCCCCCCACAGACGGCGAGGGCCCUGAUUCCCUUUUCUGCCAGCCACUGUGUGCAGAUGUUCUUUUCCUUCUGCAGGGUGGUACCACUCGUGUCUUUGCACACAAAGUCUAUCUGGCUACUUCCUGCUCCAAGUUCUAUGACCUCUUCACCCUUGAUCUUGGUGGACCAUGUAUGGGGCCACGGUGGGAGGAACAGGAGAGCAAGGAAAACUUGGAGAGUGGGGAGGAAGAUGAGCAGAGCAGGAGAGGAGCCAAGGAGCAAGCUGGGCGAACCAAGAGCCUGGACAUCGAUAAAGAUGGAGUUGAUGGAGGAGUGCGGGGCCUGAAUCGACCCCAGCUGCUCCAGCAGGGCUCUUUGAGGACUUCCCAAAGUGAUAAUGCACUCCCCUCUCGAGCCCUGUACUCCCUGGGACCACUAGGGACUGGUCGAGCACUUUCAGGAUGGGGAAGGGGGUUCCUGAGUGUGUGCCUGGAGCAUGUUGAUGAUCCCAAGACCGGACGACCACGACUUAUGACUGUUGUAGCCAUGGAUGCACUUAUACAGGAAGAACCAUUCAAGGCGGUGCUUCAGUACCUGUACACAGGCAGUCUAGACGAGGGCCGAGGGGAUCUGAUGCAGGUGGCCACUAUCGCAGAGCUACUUGAGGUGUUUGACCUGCGGAUGAUGGUGGCCAAUGUUCUCAACAGAGAGAGCUUCAUGAACCAGGAGAUCACCAAGGCUUUCCAUGUCCGCAGAGCCAACCGCAUCAAGGAGGGUCUCAAUAAGGGGACCUUUGCUGAUGUGGUGUUCCGACUGGACGAUGGCUGCCUCCCGGCCCACAAGCCCCUGCUCAUCUCCAGUUGCAACUGGAUGGCUGCCAUGUUCCGUGGCUCUUUCAUGGAAAGCUACAUUGAGGAGGUAUCCAUUCCUAAUACCAGUACAGCCUGUAUGCGUGGGGUGUUGGAGUUCCUGUACUGUGGUCUGCUGACGCCCAGUCCUGGUCUGGAGCCCAUGGAACUAAUUGUUCUGGCCAACCGUCUCUGUUUGCCACGCCUUGUCGCCCUCACAGAACAGCACGCAGUGGACGAGCUUCUCCAGUUGGCAGUGAAAGGAGGUGACAUCGAUGGACAGGUGUUGGCUUACCUUGAGCUUGCACAGUUCCACAAUGCCAAGCAACUAUCGACUUGGUGUCUCCAUCACAUCUGCACUAAUUAUAAUAGCAUCUGCCGCAAGUUUCCCAAAGACAUGAAGGUCAUGUCUCCAGAAAACCAGAGGCACUUUGAGAAGCAGCGCUGGCCUCCUGUGUGGUUCCUGAAGGAGGAGGACCGCUAUCUGCGCUCUCAGAAGGAGCGUGAGCGUGAAGAGGAGAUCUUGCGCAAGCAACACACCAAACGGGGCUGGUGUUUCUGGAGACACCCGUCCUCCUCUCCGCAUGUCUCCUAAAGGCUUUCCUCCACUGACUUCUUCAUCCUGACCCAGAUCAUCCCACCCUGGAUAACUAACCCUCCUGUAAUGCAUAUAGAGGAGGUCUGCUUUGAACCCUCUAUUGGUGGAGAAAUGACUCUCAUUGCUAAUAUGGCUGAAUGUCAGCAUGUAUGAGGGAAUGUAUGUGCCUCUUUAUAAUUGUGGGUGACUUCAUGAGUGCAUUUUGGUAUGCUUGUGUGACUUAACUGAAGGGUAUGUGUGUGGAUGUGUGAGUGUAUGUUUGCGGUUAUUUUGAUUGAGAGAUGCUUCCGAGUUGAGUGCUUCCCUGAUCUAUAAGGGCCUGCGGCGUUGCAGUGCAGCCCCUUGUCCCCUCCACAAGAGCUCUGUCCCUCCACCAGCACUCACUGUCCCAGCCUUUGAGUGAUUGGACUGGGAGCAAGGGCUCUCUAUCUCUCUCAGUCUCCAUCCUUCACAUUGACCUUAAUGACUAUUACACAUUGACCACUGCAGCUCCUCUCGGGGAGUUUACCUCUGCCUUCACUUCUACGCAGACUGUUAGCUUGCACACACAGACCCGUGCAAAAGAUCCACCCCUCUAAAACCAGCACUGGAUUCCCAGGAACUGACACUUACAAUGUAAUUAUUAUUAUUUUGAUAUUAUUUGACCUUUUUAUAUAUUUUUUGCGCCUUCUAGGACACUCUUAUCAGGGUAAAUGGCAUGCAGUACUCCCAGGAAGUGUUAAGGACCUUGAUUGCCAUUGCAACUGCAAAGAUGGGACUGUUAUUUUAGAGCCCAGGUGUAAGUGCAAGGGAAACCUUAAAACCGUCAGCAAGUUAGGAUGCUUGAUCAUAGCUAUUAGCCUCCAGUCUAGUACUGACGUGGUCCCUGGUGUUCAUCAUCCAUCCCUGCACCUCCCACCACCUCCUCAUGCACGCCACAGGUGCAAAGAAGCAAAAUGAGUUGGAUUAACCAAGCUGCACAGAGACAUUCAAAGUGACCAUUCAGUAGCAUUGAUGGGGGUAAAGAGGGCUAGCCUUACUUGAUAACUCUUCCAUGGAGGAAUGAUGGAUACAGUAUUAAACAAAUGAGCUUGUAACGUCCAUGACAACCGGGUUGCGUUGAAGCACUUCAGCCAGCCUGCCUUUACACCCCUACACCACUAGGGGCAGCACUGCUCAGGGCCCCGGCACUAACCUUCACAAUAACUGACAGGAGUUUUUAGGCCUGUGGUUUCGUCACUCUAGUUUCAAUUAUAAGAUCAGAUCAGUAUAACUCCAGUCCUUGAGAAGUGUUAGAAGAAAGCUAAAGCACAUGCACAGUGUUAUUAGUGCAUUUAAAAACUGUACCUGAUUUUACCUAAUUCUGAAUACCAAAGCUGUGAUUCUUUUGAUUUCUUUCUUCCUCACUUUCUUCAUUUCUGCUUCCCUGCUUCCUUUAGGGCAGGGAAGCAUGCCUAUAAGGCAGUAUGACAUAAUAACUGAAUCCCUCCUCGUGCUAGUGUUUUCAGUCUGUGGUGUCAGGAGAAAAGUGUCACUGCUGGACAUUGCCUUCCAUUCCUCUUGCUGGAAUUGAAAAUGGUGCUUAAGACACAAUAAGACAGUGUCCACAUGAACACACAGACACACAUGCGAUUUUAUGUUCACAGUUUAAGUGUCCGUCUAGUUGUUUAGUGUUUACCUGCGAUGAACGUGCAGAAAUUUAAUGAUGGUAUUCAAAUUUGACACAUGAGCAUUUUUUAAACCUUAAUUUUGCUUCUCCAUAUGCUAAUAGUCUGGAAGAGGUCAUAACAGGUCACUGCUUUUAGAAUGUGUAGAUUUCUGAUUUUACAUAUAGUGGUCACAACAUUGUAUUGUCUUUUGCUGCUUUUGUAUUCACAAACAGUGUGAUUUGUUUUGCUUCCAUGUUAACCAGGAAAAUAAUAUUACUUUAGAUUGAAUUUGCAAUCGUGAGUGUUGUUUUAAAAUGACAAACAGUUUGAUAUAUAACUGCAUAUGAGCGCAAAUCUGAUUUUCCCAUUAAGGGUGCUAAUUUCUUUGGGCUUUAGGACCGAAUGGGAAAACGAGACUUUGUGGUGAUUAGUUUCUGUUAGCACGUUGUUCUAUUUGUGGGUCGGCGCCCCUCAGCUUUACCCAGGCAACUGUAGAAGUUAGAUAGAUUGUGUGAAACAUGUGGUGCGUUCUACCAUUCUCCAUUUGAGGCGUGUUAACGUCAUUGUCAGCUACCGAAAUAGAAGUCAGAUAAGAUCUCACGAGACCCAAGUGAGAAUUGAGCUGAUUCCUCUCUGAAAAGAGUGGAGUGAAAGUGAACAUGUCUCAGUCAGCAUUACAUGCAACCUACAUAUUUUGGAAUGACAUCACAGAUAUUUAAACUCAUCCCAGUGCAGGGCUUUGGGAAUUUAGAAAUGAGACCUACAGAGGAAAAAGUUGGAGGACAGUUUGUGAUGGACUUCCAUGGCCUCUUUUUAGGUCCCCAUAGAAGGAAUGGCUAUUAGAUUUGUCUUAUUAAUGGUUGGUAUGACCCAUUAAGCCUCUUCUUUUGGUCCAUGUGCCUUAUAGUUGGACAACACAAAAAACUAGUUUGGAAUUUUUGCAACAUCUUUGUUUCAAACCUACAGACAGCUCUGCAGUGGUUGAUUUGAUGGAUACAAUAGACAAUGGCUAUGAUAGUGUUCUAACUGUAAAAUGGGUUAUGGUGUUGCGCAUGCACUCUGAGCCAUUAUCCUUCUUGAGGGGAUUUUUGAGCCAAUUCGAGCCUUGCCUGUGGAUAAUCUUCAGGCCUACUGCUUGUUUUUAUGCAGACAAAUGGCCUUGAAUUAAACUCCUUCAUAUAUGGUAGUACAGUAGGUUGGUCUAAUUAUAUGGCCACAUAAAAAUGACACAGGUUGAUUCCUGUAGUGUAACUUCAAAACCACUGACUUUGAGUAAGCAAAGAUUUUUAUUGAGCACUGGCUGGUCUGUGUGCUGGGAGGGUGCAACCACUUUUGGAAUGUGGUUCAUUUGCAUGGUGGCCUAACUUAGUCAUUAUAAUGACACUUGGUCUUGGAAUGCACUUUCUUCUUUUUUUGUCAAUGACGAUCCCUUUCUGUGCUUAGCAUGAAUUGUUCCUUAUGUAAGAUUGUUUUUAAACCUGAUGAUUGUAGCACAAUAUUUCCACUGAAGUCUUUCAAAUUUUCCCAGGAGCUUAAUAACAUGACUUGUCCAGCUUCUUUUGUAAGGUCUAGUUGGCACUGAACCCCACAGUAGCUCUCUUCUUGCUAUGUGGCUUUAUGCACAACUCAGUUUUAGUAAAUUAGCUCAGCACAGCUUAAGGUAGCAUCAAUAAAUAUACAACUAAUAUAUAUAACAUGCUGGGACAUUCUACAGACAUCUGCUUGAAAAUUAAUGUGGAGGAUGUAUUGCUGCUGUGCAGUGUUACAGCUGUCCCUUUUAUGCUGUUACUGUAGUUAAUACAAUCAAUCAAGCUUAUUCUUGUGAUUUUUAAGAUAUUGAGUACAUGGCAUAAAACUGAAAGGCAUAAAAAGCAAAAUUUCAACUGAAAUCAAGUAUUUUAAUGCACAUAUUUUAAGAAUGUCCGAAAUGGUUAAAAGCCAAGUGUUAAUGAUUGGGUUUAGCCUGCAUAUAAUGACAGAGGAAUUGGGUAAAAUAUGAUGCAUGUUUUUGAGGUUAGCCAUAGGCUUCUGUAUAUACAGCAGAGUUUCUUAACCUUCUGGGGUCACUUUGUAUGCAUAUGGGGUCAUAGGAAAAUUCUCAAACUGAAAUAAUUAUAUAAAAUGAAUUAAGUUUGAAAUGUGUGUUAUAAUCGUUGCAAUAUUUAUUUGGAUAUUUGGACACCUCCAGUUCACGACAACUUGAGUUUUCUCUAAUUGUCGGGGUGUAGAUUGAAAAUUGUGGGAAAUUGGAAUGGAGACUAUGGCCAGAAAAGGUUGAGAAACCCUGAUAUACAGAGAGGGAGAAAUGGAGAUGUUAAAUUUUAAACCUUGUUAGCUUUAUUCAGCCUUUAAUAUUUGCUCCAUACAGACCCCUACAGGCCAAAGUUACAUCUAGUCACAUUCUGAUGUAGGAUGUAGGGUUGUGGUUUUCAUUUGGAUUGUCUUGUUCUAUCGCAUCCUUUUUACUGUCACAUUCUCCUCAUUUGUUUUAAGUAGAGUUUUUCUUCCUUCUUAGCCGGCCUGACCUUCCUUUUUAAAUGUGAGGCCUAGUGACUGAGAGAACGCCUUGUUUUUAGUCUUUGGUGUCUCCUCUCCUGUGCCUUCAAUGAAAUCUCACUCUUUUGGUUCUGUACAGGCUGACGGCACUGCACCUGCAGCCUUCUGGGCUCAAAAUAAAUAAAUAAGAAAUACACACAUGUGAGCACAGAAAUAAAAGUAGGCAGCUUUCUUUAAUGUACAGUAUCUUAGCAUAGUUACUGGCUAUUGUGGUCAUAAUGAUAACUUCCAAUGAUAACAUAAAUCAGAGCUUUCUAAGUUCGGUAUGUAAAAAGCUACACAAAGGAUAACUUAAAUUAUGAAAUGACCAUAAACCCAGUAAACCAGCAGUUUUAAAAUAAUUUUUUUGCACUCUUUCAGGUGCCUGCACUUUCUAUUAUGUAGCCUAAUACAACUUUUUUUUGAUAAGUAUGCUAAGUCUUUAUAUUUACCAGUUUUCUUGAUCAAAAUUAAAAUAUCUUGUUACUUUUCCUCUUUCUCAUGAUCUCUUUCUCUCUAAGCCAAAUUCAACAGUAUACCCUAUUGCUUCCACUAUAUAGCUGCAAUUUAUUGUGUUGCAAUCAUGCAUAAAGUCAGUGUAUUCUAAGUUGGGGAACAGCAUCUGUGAACUACUGGUUGGAUAUUACCUGUGACAACUAUAUAUUUUAUGCUUUAAUGAAGAUAGUUGUUAUCCAAAGUACAGUACAGUGUUGUAAAUUUUAUAUGAGUCCCAGCUGGAAUUAACCUUUCACCUUAUAACUGUUCACCACACUAUCUAUUUACUAAGCUGGUGUAUACUUAGGAUUGUUGCAGGGGAGUGUUUAUAUAAACAGACAUGGUGUGAUUAACCCCUACUGUAAUUUUUAGGUGGAUCGUAUAUACUGUAUUGUAUUGUUAUGCACUUUUGUUUCCAUUGACUCAUGUGAGUUUUAUUAACAUUUACUGCUCAUGUUAUUGUGUGUAUUUCAGUAAAAGGCAAAAGAAAGAGCACACCACUCUCACAAACUAUUAAGGGCUUUCAAGCAAAUAUACAACAAUCAGAAUGUUUUGCUGCUGUUGCAAAAAAUGUUUUGAAACUAAAAAUUUGUAAUAUUUUUUAACCACUGUGAUUUGUACAAAAUUUCAAAAAACAAAAGUAGAACUUUUUUUCCCCCCCUUUUUUGCCAUUUCAGUAUUUGGAUGUUUGACAUGGAUUUUUAUUAAAACUGUUAAUCUUUUGAA